AUGCGGAAAGCAACCACAGCCUCGCGGGACGGCAAAUCGAAACUCGGCCACCAUCCACCUAUCUCGGUGCUGUCGAGUGACACCACGCAUCACAGCGCAGCACCUGCACUAGAUCCUCGCAGGGCGCUCGAGGGUCGCGAGCUCAACCCAGGAUUUCGUAUCCUCAAAUACCAGCGCUCCGACAACCACCGGGAUGUGUUCUUGGGGGCGCGGACGCGGACGGGGACGAGGCUAACCACGCAGAUGCGGACCACGGAUUGCGAAUCGACACCGUCCUCAUAUGAGGCCAAGGCCGUUUGA